AUGGAGAACCCUCAUGAACAAACGCAGAAUGCUUUGCUUUCUCGUAUCAUCAACAACAUGGAAACAUUAAAUGAAUCAAUAGUUUCAAUGAACAAGGCUUUACAAGACAUCAACCGUAAGAAUUUAGAUGUUGAAAUGGUAUCACAUUUGUGGCAACAUUACUCCCAAAUUUCCAAUGAUAAUUUAGAGACUACUGGAGAGAAAAGAGAGCCACAUUAA